CUGUGGUGUGUCUACAAAGAAAGAUAAGGGAGAGCAGCUAGAGCAGUCAUGGAGGACGAGAGAAAAUGUUGUUUACAGAAUGCUACCGAAGCACGGCUGGUGUAAACGCUUUGGACGGAGCGAAAAAGGCUAAUCUAAAUUAUUCCCAGCUGCUCAACCACUGGAAACAGCAAUGAAGUGAAACUUUCCAGUGCCUCUUUGGUGCUAUUCGAACAUGGAUUUUCAAACGUGUUUCCUCCGCGCCGAGCUUGAAGUGUUCUCUCAGUCAAACUGAAACGUUUUUGGAACUGAAACUAGCGCUUAUAAGCCUGAAAAGGCCCACUGUGAUGACUUCUUAGGCCUGUUACUGGUGUUCAACAUGGCCGCUGUGGUUCAGCAGACCGAGGGCGCCUGGGAUGGCGCAAUGAAACAAGAAGACGACUCUCUGCAGUUGGAAGAUCCAUCCUCUUUCCCAGCUGUAAUCGUGGAGCAAAUGCCACAAAGCCCCAUGCUCAAUUAUUCGGGUCUGACGUGUGAUCAGCCAUUAAGAUUGGGUCUGGAGCGCGAUCCUGUUGAUGAGAUGACACAACUGACAGCCAUAAGCUGCCGCAGCAUGACGUUCCCCCUUCAUAUGGAAGCUUAUCAGAGUAGUAAUGAAGAUGCCAUGAUGGAGAGCGCAGAAGCUGCUGAAGCUCUGAUGAACAUCGAUUCCUCCACUCAUCUUUCACUGGAUGACAAGCACAGCACUCAAAUGUUUCUUUUGACGUCAUCACUGGUAGAAGGUAACCAAUUUUUAACGGAUGCUGUUGGCGGGCAGCAACCGUGGAUCCACCUGCAAAAAGGAUCUCUACCAGAAGACAAACCAAAGGCUAAAAAGGGUAGAAGGGCUAAACGGCCAAGGGCACAUUCUCCAAUGCCUGACAUAACGAUAAAGAAGAGCAAGGACAGCAAAGGAAAUACAUUGUACCUUUGGGAGUUUUUGAUUGCUCUGCUGCAGGAUAAGUCCACUUGUCCAAAAUACAUCAAGUGGACCAAUUGGGAAAAAGGCAUAUUCAAGCUUGUGGACUCCAAGGCUGUGUCUCAGUUAUGGGGCAAACACAAAAACAAACCGGACAUGAACUAUGAAACAAUGGGAAGAGCACUUAGGUACUACUAUCAGCGUGGUAUCCUGAAUAAAGUCGAGGGUCAGAGACUCGUGUAUCAGUUUGCAGAGAUGCCAAAAAACAUCAUCUACAUAGGUGACGACAGUGACAACUCUGGUGGCAAUAAUUUCAACAUUUCACAUGAGGAUGAUGAUGAUCACUCCAGUGAGGCAUCCUUCAAUGAACUAUCACACUUAAACUACACCCCUCCCUCCCAAUCCAAAUUGCUCACUCCCAAAACACCGUCGAUGAGCACCAAAGUUCGUAGGGCUGUGAACGGAAGCCAGCGUAAGCCACCUAACAACCCCGGUGAGGCUACAGGAGCCACCAAACAAGCUCGUCCAUUAGGUCUCAUUCAGCAACAGCAUCUACCCAUUGUUUCUGCGGAGAUGAUUAAAACUUUUCAGAAUGUCCAGUCCAUCCAGCCAGGGCAGCAUGGGUCAGUUUUCCGUACGGCUCAGCUAUUAGAAAGUCUUCGUGACAAGCAAGAGACCAUUGAUGUCAAACAGGAGCAGCUGGAGGUUCAGCAAGAGGGCCAGGCACCUCAGAUUGUUACUCUUCAACUGGUUCCCGUGUCUUCCACUGAUGAAGGAAUGGACGGAUCUAUAACUUCUUCUCAGUUCAUCAUGCAAGCUAUUCCAGAGACCAUGCCAGAGGAGGUAACCCUUGUAGUCCAGAAUGUCACCUUGGACAAGGCUUCUCCUGAUGCUUGCCAAGAUGUUGACAGGGAAGCAAGCGAAGAGGCCAUUGUCUCUAGUUCUGUGUCAAGUAAUGCCUCUGUAGUGACAUUUGCUGGAGGUCAAGUGGUUUCUCAACCUUCGGGUACGGUUAUCCAUUCUGUAGUCACUGCAAUGGAACCAAAUAUACCAGGUCAAAUAAGUGACCCAGACCUCAAAGAUAUCUGCGGAGCUCCUGAAAACUCCUACGAUAUCCCGCAAAGUCCAGACAUGGAUAGGAAGAGUCUUUCGGAAAUAAAGGUGGAGCCAUUAAGUGUGGUCAUCCUUAAUGACUCAUGGGUGGGUUACACUUCCAACGAAACCACAGAGUCAUCAGGCUAAACUCAGGCUAGACUGAAAACUCAUAUUGUCCAAUGCCAUUAAAGCCUUACUCAUCACAUUCCUUUGGGACUUGCACAUGCACUGGAAUUUACAGGCACUCCUUUUUCUCUCUCUAUCUCUUGUUGUUUGUUUGCACCAGCCUUGCCUUGCUAUGCCAUGCAAAGAUUAUUUUUUAAGAGGACCAAUGAUACUUAUGCAGCUUAUUCUGACUUAUUUUCUUUACUUAAGUGCCCUAAAUCAUAUACUGCAAUGUUGUUCCUCAGGGUUCUUAUCUGACACAAGCGGUAAUGUGUCAAUAAUGUCGCCAUGUAAUGGAAGGCCAACAGCAACCACGUUGUAUCACUCGCAGAAGAGAUAGAAAGGACUUAAAGAUAUCUCCUGGAUGGUGAUGGUCAAAAAUUAGUGAUACUGUAUGUAAUGCAUAUUUUUUUGGCAAAGAUGCACAAAUGCAGACAUGGAGUAACUGCUGCCGGUCUGAAAACUGCAUUUAAAUCUGUAUUUUACAAACACAUUUCAUUCCUUAAUAACCUUAUUCAUACCUGGAUCAAAUGUGUGACUUGGCUAUAAAUAUUAACAAAAGAUGCUGUAUUUUUAUUGACCAAAUACAUUUUGUUUGCAAAGAAGCUAUAUAUAUUUUAAAAGCUGAUCCUGUGCUGUCGACUGUAUUGCUGUUAAUGUUUGUCCGAGAAAAAUGUGUGACCAAAAGAACCUGAGAAUUCAGGUGCUGCAUUAAUGUGACAAUCAUUUCAUGUUACUUAACGCCCUAAAUAUAUAAUAUGCUGUGUUUAAAAGAAUUUGUUGAUGAUGCACUGCAGCCUGUUUUGAGAUGAAUCAUUUUGAUGAAGAUGAUGAUUAUGAUGAUGUAAAGCAGAUGUAUAAACAUUCCUUAUGACAAAAUGCUGCAGUCAUAUUAAUUGUAUGCAUUUUAGGAUCUGGCCAUGGCCUGCCUAACUUGCUAUGGGUUUUUUGAUAAAAUCACAUUUUAACUUAAAUGUGGUCCAAAAUGAAAUUCGAAUUAAGCGUUCAGAUACAAAGAAAUGAAUCUUUAACUAUCCUGAAGUGCAGAUGCAUUUGUCCAUGCACAUGUUGAAACUUUUAUUAGGUACUUAAAAUAGUGUAUUUUGUUCCAUUUGAGUUUUUGUUUACGUUGACUGCAUGUUUAAAAUUGAUUAAAAUUCAGAUCACAAAAUGCUCUAGUUUUAAUAAAUUUUAGACUUGGCAAGCCAUUAACUCAGUGGCUGAAAAGAAGAUGGAUUCUUCUUCCAACAUUACUUACUAAUAUUGGGUCAUCUCUCUUUUGUAUAUGCCAGCUGGUUAAACUAUAAUCUUUCUUUUGUUUUUGUGCCGUCUUUGUUACUUGCUGUAGUACUGAUAACUGUAACGGUUGAAUGUGACUUCUAUUUUUUAUUGCCUUUUUUAUUGAAAAAGCCUCUAUAAUGCUCAUGGAUAUCAAAGCCAUAAUGAUGAUGUCUCUAACUGAAAAUUGCUCCCAUUUUUCUUAACAUUGCAUGGACCUUUUUUUUUUUUUAAUCUAAAUUUCUUGACAUCAUUAAACAAACCUCGAGCACA